AUGGUCAAUCUUGGCACACAGUUGAAGGACUUGAAGGACUUCAACUGUGUUCCCACUUUGACCGACUUGUCCUCUGCUCUUUUGCAAAAACACGAUUUCCAUCUUCCCACACUGAAACAUAUCGCUUCAGUCUCAAAUCACCCCUUCAGAUCGGUUCGUUCAUUUUUCCAGUUUAAAUCCCCCCCAUCUCCGAUCAACAUUUCAUCAAUCCAGGCUCAAUCCCACAAUAUUCAAUUGAAAUCGUUCAUGUUCUAUCACGCUGAGUCACCACCACCAUCCCUUCCACAACCAAAAAAGGCACAUGCCAAAACCAAAAAAGUCACAUGUGCAUUCAAGGGCACGAAGGAAUGGUCAAUCAAGCCGUGCCGACCAAACGACACCGCUGGGACCAAUGGGCACCCAUCUCGACAUCAGAUCAAUUACCCCGACGACCAGGUCUGUGUUGCUGGUGAGGCCUUCUUUGUCACUGGUGGAGAACCCAUCUUCUUCUGGGACUUUGCAAGGGCCGUCUGGCACAAAUAUGCCGCCCAUUCCCCACUGGCUAAGGCAUUCAAACUCGACCCUAAACUGCGCUUCACUAUUGUCAUCCCUACCUUCCUCGCCCUCUUCUUGGCUUCCCUCGCUCAAAUCUUUGCUAAAAUUACAAACUCUACUACCCUCUUCACUCCGGAAAAAGUCCGGUAUACUUCUGAUUAUAAGUAUCAAUUCAUAAUAUCAAAAACGCUAGAGUCGACCUUGGCUAUGAGCCGCUCUCAAAACUCGGAUAAGAAACAUGAUUAA